UAAACAGGGAGUAAGGAAAAAAUUAUUUUUAAUAAUAAGGAGAUGGGAUUGCGGCAGCCAAACCUCGCCGCUCUCCGGCAAGCAUACUGCGCCGGCCGAUUUGUUCCAUGGCACCACAACAGGCUAUUACUCCCAACUGUUCGCCUCCCGAUUGUGCUUCCUCUUUGGGAGCACCAGGAUUACAUUCUCAUAAGCCGGAGGUGGCACGGCGGUCACACCAACGAUAGCCAACACCAUAGCCAUUUUGAUAAAGAGAGGGAGAAGGCGGAGGGAAUAUUCUGGCUUGGACUCGCUGCUGAUGUGUCCCUCUCCGUUGGGAAAGCCCUCACCGGUUACAUCUGCGGAAGCACCGCCAUCAUCGCGGAUGCCGCGCAUUCGGCCUCUGAUGUCGUCCUCAGCAGCAUUGCGUUGUUGUCUUAUAGGGCUGCCAAGGCUCCGAAGGACAAAGAACACCCAUAUGGGCAUGGAAAAUUUGAGUCCCUAGGAGCUCUUGGUAUUUCUUGUAUGCUUUUUGGAACUGCUGGUGGUAUUGCCUGGCAUGCCUUUGAUGUUCUGCAGGGGGUUUUGACGUCAACACCAGAUAUGAUUAAUCAUACCCUGGAUCAUCAUAAUCAUAAUCAUGGCCAUGGUGGCCAUCAUCAUGGAUUCGAUUUGGAUCACCCUAUCCUGGCUUUGAGCAUGACUAUUUUAUCUAUUUCUGUUAAAGAAGGGCUUUACUGGAUAACAAAGAGAGCUGGAGAAAAGCAAGGAAGCGGUUUGAUGAAGGCAAAUGCAUGGCACCAUCGUUCUGAUGCCAUUUCAUCUGUUGUUGCACUAGUUGGUGUUGGAGGAUCUUUGUUAGGAUUACCAUUUGUGGAUCCACUUGCUGGAAUUGUUGUUGCGGGGAUGAUUUUGAAAGCUGGAAUUGAGACUGGUUAUCAAAGUGUUAUGGAAUUAGUUGACGCUGGUGCCCCACCAGCAGUGUUAGCACCAAUUAGACGAACAAUCACCCAAGUGGAAGAUGUGAAGGGUUGCCAUCGUUUAAGAGGAAGGAAGGCGGGGUCAUUCUUAUAUCUCGAUGUUCAUAUUGAGGUAGAUCCUUUCUUGAGUGUUAGUGCCGCGCAUGACAUUGGUGAGAAUGUUCGUCAACUUAUACAGAAAUCUCACAAACAAGUUGCAGAAGUUUUUGUACACAUAGAUCCUUCCUAUUCACACUCCAUGUUGGACGCAAGAACGGCUUCAAAGAAUUUAGAAAAUCAGAAUUCCAACAUCUCCAAGCAACAAGAAGCAGAAGCUAUUGUUUCCCAUGUAAUUUCAUCACAGUUUCGGGAGAAAAUGACCGCUGAGCACAUCACUCUCCACAAAUUUGGAGGGAAUGUAUUGCUGCAGGUUCAAGUCUCUAUGCCUCCAGAAAUGAUGAUCCAAGAUGCGAUCAAUAUGGCAAGAGAAGCCGAGAGAGAGAUUUUGAAGGCUGCUUCUAAUAUCAAUCAAGUAAGCAUUCUGUUGAGGUUAGGUCAUCCAAUACAAGAAUGCCAUCUAGUUGGUAACAAUUACCAGCAGGAUACUGAGAACUAGUCAGCAAUUCCUUCUUUUUAUCUGACUUUUUAUUUAUUCAUUUUCAGUCAAUAAUCUCUAAGAAAUUUUCAGCUUAUCCUGCUAAGUGUAGCGCGGCAUAUUACAUGCAGAGUCUGGACGAGAGAAAUGUCUGAAUUCUAUGAGGGUACACAGUAAAUACAUAACAAAUACACAUUUUUAUUUUUUUGCUAUGCAUUUGUUGUGCAACUUCACAUAAUUCAGAUGGUUCUCUUAUCCGGAUUCUGUACGUAAUAAUUUUUCUAAGUGUUGAGUGUGUACGGGAUAAUUUUUUAGCUGUUUUAUCACUUCGAUGAUGUAAAGUUCUUUAAUUGAAAAAAGAACACUAAAAUAAUAAAUUUUAUAUUCAUUAAAAGUGAUAUAUUAUUUA